AUGUUUUAAUUGUUGGAUCAGUUAAUUACACAUUCACUUUAUUAUGAAUGGGAUAAUGUAGAGAUUUCAUAAAGAAAGGAUGAGAAUAUAAAGAGAGAGAGAAGUAUGGAAAAGAUUACAAGACUUUUAUUUUAGAUGAAUUAAAGAGAAAUUUAAGUUGGAAUAUAAGGGAUACAAAAAAUGUUUGUAAUAAAUUUUAAAUAAUUUGUAAGACCAGAUAGGGUUACUUACUUCAUUUAUUGCAGAAACAAUUUUGUGUAAAGUGUUAUGAUAAAGUUGUUUGUUUUAAUAAAUUUAGAUAAAAUUUAUCUAAUAGUCAUAAUAAAAUAAUAAUAUUUAAAGUGA